AUGGGUUACAUGGUUUUUCAAAAAGGUGGAUACGAUAAAGUGGGUUUUACCAGCAAAGACCUACAUAAUCACAUUAGUAAGACUAGGCAUGGCAAAGUGAAAGACGGUGAUGCAUUUGCUGCGUUGGCCUAUCUGUUGUCCAAGGUAGACAGUGACCCGUUAUUUCUAGGAAAGUUCACCUUAAAAGAUGGUAGGUUGGAUAAUUUGGUGUGGGCUAAUGGAGCAAGUGUUGUUGAUUACGAAUGUUUUGGCGAUGUACUCACUUUUGACACCACUUAUAAGAAAAAUGUCUACAACAAGCCCUUAGUCAUAUUUUCAGGGACCAACCACCAUGGCCAAACAACUAUCUUUGGAUGCGCCCUGCUCUCAGAUGAAAGGGCUAAAACUUUCAAGUGGGCACUGAAGGAAUUUUUGAAAAUCAUGGCAAGAAAACUACCCGGAGGCGUUAUGACAGACGGAGACCGUGCUAUGAGAGAGGCUAUCUUAGAAUAUACUGUACAAAUAUUUGAAGAGAGAUGGAGCGAGAUCAUAUCCAAAUAUGGACUUAUCGAGAAUGAAUGGGUCCAGGGCAUUUAUAAUGACAAAAUGAAGUGGGCUACCGCAUAUUUGAGGGAGCACCUCUUUGGCCGCAUAAGAACUACAUCACAGUGUGAGGGAAUUCAUUCAUUAUUGAAGAACUAUGUUGACAGUAAAACCAGUCUCCUUGAAUUCAUGCAUAAAUUCAGUGAAGUACUAAGGCAUUACCGAAACAACCAUCUUACUACUGACUUUGAUACCUUUUAUAAGUUUGCUGUUUUGACUACAUGCUUAAAAAGUUUUGAGAAACAAGCUGCUGAACUUUAUACUAGAAAUAUUUUCAAACUUGUGAAAGAUAAGAUAGAAGCAACAAGUGCCUUAAAUGUGACUGAAUGCCCAAACAGUGGAAACAUUGUUGAACUAUUUGAGGCUUGUGGAUUACCGUGCUCCCACAUCUUUGGGGUCUUGAAACAUCGCAAUGCAAAAUGCGUCCCUACAUCUCUUAUCUUGAAAAGAUGGACAAGAGAUGCAAAGAGUGAUUUUAUAUGCUCAAUUGGGGAGCAAGACUCCGCUAAUGAUAUAGUGGUCUGGGCUGUUACACAAAAUAAAAGUGAUACACAAGCGAGGCUUUCCCCCACGUCAGCGCUAAUAGGUGAUCCAGUUGUUGUGAAGUCAAAAGGGCUCCAAGAAAGGUUCCAAAAGGCCAAAAGAGGCGAAGAUAUUCACAUUGGUAGUAAAAGUAAGAAGUCUGUAUCUAAAUUGACAGAGACACCGAAGAUUAGAGCAAAUGGAAAAAAAGGUCGACAGAAGACGGAAGAAAUCACUCUAACUCAAGGGACAUUAAAAGAUAAGACCAACACACCAGAAAUAGAAGUGGAGGAAGUUCCAGGUGCAGCCACAACCAAGAAAUCAGGAUUGCUACAAUAUCCUAUGCAUCAUUAUCCAGUGGUCCAUCCUUAUCAACCUUAUGGUGGAGUCCUCCCUAUUCCUUUUCAUCCUGUUCCAAAUGGCAUGGCGUACUUCAACCAAUAUCCUUCUACUGCCGGAAUUACAUCAUAUCCUCAGUUGUCCCAUAUCUCGCCGUAUUCUAGUGGACCCAGUGACUGGAAUAUAUGGGCUAGACUUUUGAAUGAUGUCAUCAACAACAAAAAGUCAUAG